AUGUCGCUGUCAACACUCCGCCAACGCUCAAACCGAGGAAUCAUCAAGGAAGAAGGUUUGCAAUCUGGAGAGGAUCGUGGUGACUCAUGCCCGCUUCUCAGCGAAGACGAGAGACCCAGCAGUAAUGUCCAGCGCGUGCGUAUCCGAGACGUGCGACGCAUCGAUAACGGCGUUCUCACUUCAAAGAGAAACCUAGUGCAGCGCAUUCAGAGCCGCAAGAAUCGACUCGUCCAGCGCGUUCUCGUAGCGUGUCGCCUAGCUGGUCCAUCGAGAGACCAGACAUUCAAGCAGAACCAGACUAGCAAUCGCACCGUAAUCGAACAACUCGUAACGAUUCGCAGCAGUCUCUUUGAGCACUCGGAGAGCGUUGUCAACCUAUCGACAGCUAUCUGUUCCUUCGCUGGCAACUCCACUAGUCUUCAAGACGACGCUGAAUUGGCCAACGUGACAGCGGAAGGACUCAAGAUCCAUGAGUACUCGCUCGCAUUUAGUGAUCACGUGGAGAAGUCCGUUCUGCCAAAAAUCGACCUCCGCAUCGCCGAACUGGAGCGAAUCGACUCGUUCAUUGAGAAGCGAACUAAGUUGGUACUCGACGUCGAGUACGCCAAGCGGACGGUGGGUGGAUAGCGUGGGCGGCUAGCUGCAAGAUGCACUCUCACUGAGAAUCUGUGGUGCGCAGUUGGCAGUGGAGCACCAGAAAGGAAAUGUGAAUCGUAUCGCAGAGCGCAAACAAGCGGUACGUCGGUAAACGGUGACUGAAUUUGUGUCUUGGUUUCAGCGUGAUACCUCGUGGUUACAACAGCUUCAGGCUGCCCAACUCCAGUGCGAGCAAGCGACGCGUUUCAUCACCGAGCAGCUUAAAUUCGUGCAACCCAACCACGGUACUGACAUGCUCGAGCUCUUCCAAGAGUACGCGCAGAUGGCGGCUCAGUUUUUUCAACGUGUUGCUGACCAAGUCGAUGCGAACGUUGAGUCGUAGUGACGAAGCAAGAUAACCCCCUGCAAGAGAGGAGAGAUUACGCAGCUCGUCUCGCUGGAGCUGUCGAGCAGUCGAUCAGAGCUUUUAGAUUGACGCAUCGUAGUAGUAGUUUGAGCCCGAGCGCAGCUGAUACGCUUGUUUAAGAGCAUACAUUCGCGGUCCUAUCGUCGUCUUCGACAACUGAAGAGCUAUCUUCACGUUAUCAAACGUUACACUACAUCCAGCUUGAACAACUCGACAAGUACU